AUGUUACACCACCACUGCCGGAGGAACCCUGAGCUACAGGAAGAGUUGCAGAUCCAGGCUGCAGUUGCUGCUGGCGAUGUUCACACCGUGCGCAAGAUGCUGGAGCAAGGAUAUUCUCCAAACGGUCGAGAUGCCAAUGGCUGGACCUUGCUUCAUUUCUCUGCAGCAAGAGGGAAAGAGAGAUGUGUCCGUGUUUUUCUUGAACAUGGAGCUGAUCCCACAGUUAAGGACUUAAUUGGAGGCUUCACUGCUCUGCAUUAUGCAGCCAUGCACGGGCGAGCGAGGAUUGCACGCUUGAUGCUGGAGUCAGAGUACAGAAGUGACAUUAUUAACGCCAAAAGCAAUGAUGGUUGGACUCCCCUGCACGUAGCAGCCCACUAUGGCAGGGACUCGUUUGUCAGGCUCCUGUUGGAGUUCAAGGCUGAGGUUGAUCCGCUCAGUGAUAAAGGUACUACACCGCUUCAGCUGGCCAUUAUCCGGGAGAGAUCAAGCUGUGUGAAAAUCCUGCUGGACCACAAUGCCAACAUCGACAUUCAGAAUGGGUUCCUGUUACGAUAUGCUGUGAUCAAAAGCAAUCACUCCUACUGCAGAAUGUUCCUCCAGAGAGGGGCUGACACAAACUUGGGGCGCUUGGAAGAUGGACAGACACCCUUACACUUGUCUGCUCUUAGAGAUGACGUGCUUUGUGCACAAAUGUUGUAUAAUUAUGGAGCAGACACUAACACAAGGAACUAUGAAGGACAGACCCCACUGGCUGUUUCAAUAAGUAUUUCUGGAAGUAGCCGACCCUGUCUGGAUUUCUUACAAGAAGUGACAAGGCAGCCCAGAAACUUGCAAGAUCUAUGCCGAAUUAAAAUCCGUCAGUGUAUAGGCCUUCAAAAUCUAAAACUACUUGAUGAACUACCCAUUGCCAAGGUCAUGAAAGACUACUUAAAACACAAAUUUGAUGAUAUCUGA